AUGGCUAAUAUAGUGAGGACUCAACUAAAAAAAUCAUUAAACAUUAAACAAAGAUCAAUACAACUUCAAAAUGAGAUAGCUGAACUGAAAGCCAAGAAGGAAGCCAAUAUCAAAGCAGCCAGAGAAACUUUUGAUGAACUUAAUGCAAGGGCAAAAGCUUUAGAAAAGCAACAUGAACCUAUGGAUGAAUAUUCUUCAAUUUGGAGCAUGAGUACGAACCCUUCAAAUCCUGUGAACUCAUUAGCAUCAAUGCAGAAAAAGAGGAAUCCAAUACGACAAGCUUCAAAUUACAUACCCCAAAUUUCAAAAGAAGUUCAAAUUUUAGUUGGAGAUAAAUUCCAAUUGUUGAAACCUCACAAAACAAUAAAACCACCAAAGAUAACACCAUUAAAUGCAUUUCAAAGAAUAAAAAGAUUUGAAGAGAAACAUUCAUCAAGAUUAAAUCAUAGUGAAUCGAAUGAUACAAUUGGUGGUUUGAAAGAAACUAAAGCAAUAAGAGCUUAUAAAGCAUUCUAUACACCAUCACCAAAUUCAAAAGUCUACGCUACACCAGAUAUGCCAAUUGCUCAAUCAGAAUAUGAAGUAAAAGGUAUAGUAUCAGACCUUCAGAUGAGUAUAAAAUUACCAAUUCAAACAUUACCGGUUUAUCAAUGUGACUUUUUUCAAUUGGAUUACUUCCCACCAGAACAUAUAUUAUCACAUUUUAGAAAGAGUCGUCCUGCUAUAAAAGUUCAAUAUAAAGAUGGAUUUUUAUUAAAUGAUGUUGAAUUUGAUAAAAUGUAUAACAAAAAGAAACUUACUUUAAAUCAUUCAUAUUAUCCUCGUGAUUAUGCAUUUAUAAGAUGGAAAUGGAGAAGAUUGAUCAAGAAGGAAUUUUUCAAAGCUUUCAAAGAAUUAGAUGGUCUUGAUGGUUUUUAUACAUUUCGUGUUAAACUUUUUCCUACAGAGCAAUAUAUUGAGACAUUUAGAAAUGAAAUCAAAGCUAGUUUGAAUGCUGCAAUCAAGAAAGAAAAUCAUUGUAUAAAAGUUUCCAAAAGACAUAAUUUAUCGGUCAAUCCUAGUGUUAUCGAUUCUGCCAUAAAGAUCAAAAAUUUUCCUCCAUUGACUUUGUUACCUGGUGUUCAAUUGAAGCCAACAAAUAAAUGUUUUUCAAAUGUGAUACAUUCAAAGUCCAAAGUGGGUCAAAAUAAGGAAACAAGACCUUUCAAAGGUAAAAAAGAACAGAUUUCAGAUAUUUUGAAUUUUUUGGAUGAAGAUGAUUAUGAUGAUGAUUAUAUACCAAAAACAAAAUCAGAGACCCAGUAUUCAAUCAAUCUCGAGAUCAUGGAAAAGGAAGCCGAAAAGGCUAGAUAUGAUAAAGCUGUCAAAAUGAUUGAGUCUGGAAAGUUGAGUUCUCUUUCCCCAAGAAUUCAAAAAAUUAUUAAGCAUUUGAAAUAUUAA